GUUACAGGCUCAACACGGACUCCCUACGAGACUCGGCUGUGCAUAGAAGAAAGAGAUUAAAGCUAUUCUUAAAAUAGGUCUCGUUCACUCUCUCACUCCUUUACACACGUGCUCACUCCCUCUUUCUCUCUCUCUCUCGCAGGGAGAAAAUACUGUACGAGUGAGACAAGGAUACUGAAAGAGAGUACCGGAGAUUGGUGAGGCGAGAAUGAGAGAGAAAAGAAGAAAGAGAGAGAGAGAAAGAGAAUGAAUAUGUGAGCGAGUGAAGCAGGGAGGACGAAGUGGCUCUCGCGGGUUGCCGACUCUUCAAGUCCGAGACUCGUCCGGGACUCGUCCGAAACGUCGAGCGCCGGUAGUGCGCGCUCUUGCGCACUUCGUCCCGUGCGUUGCGUUUAAACAAUUUCUUUUUUCUUCAAAAAAAAAAACAAUAUACGUGCGAGGGGUCGAUCUUUAAUUCGCGAGUGAUCAUCGAUCUCGGAUCGAUCGAUCGUAUUUAAUUCGACCGUCACCUAUCGAUAACUAACGCAAAAGUUAAUUAAAAUUUUUUUUAAAUUUUCAAAAUUGUCGCGCAACCUUUGAAAAUCACAGGAAGUGCGGGACGUUUACUGUUUUACCAGUGACUAUAUAUAAGUACGAUUUCCAGGAUUAUAUAUUAAUAUUGAAUAAUACUAUAUCGAUUAAACGACCAGGGAUCAUGUCAUCCUACAAAAGCUACGUGCCAUGGAGCAAACGCGAACGUGAGAAUUCAUAUAGCUCGACAAAAUCCGAUUCAUCCACACAGAAUGACACGAGCUACAGACCCAGGACUGUAGUUGGCGUAAGUACGUCAAAUUUUAGUCGCAACACCGGAAGCGGAAGUGGCGUACCAAGUUACAGAAGUUACUCCAGCGUUGGCUCGAGCGCUAAUCGAGUCGCUGCGAAGGAUAGAAACGUCGCCACUUAUGGAUCCGCCUAUAACAAAGGAGACAGGAGCAAGUUGGAUGAAAAAUCUUCGACCACUUACAAGUAUUCCAGUGCCAAAGAACCAGAGAAAAGUAGACUGCAUACCGGAAGGACGUCAUCGGAAGAUCUGAGAUCGAAGAGUCCUUUGUCCGGAUGUAGGUCGUCGCUUUUGGAAAAAUAUUCUUAUCGGGAUACCGGUAAAUCAAACGAGAGAUCAUCCUCCCUUCUUGAUAAGUACAGUCGGGAUUCUUCGCGCGAGAAAAGCCGCGAACCGGAAGUCAUCUCACGAUAUGGUUCGAGUACUUACCCUGGUUCCGGUCUUAGUAGAAGUUACGGAAGUGACGUACGUAAUGAAAAAAAAGAGAGGAGCGAACAUCCUCCUGUCUCUUAUAGAGGAUUACGCCCGACUUCGGGGCGAAGUUCUCGUGAGCCUAGCCCGGAAGUCUCCAGUGGGAAGACCGGUUCUUCUAGAAUGUAUUCCAGGACGCCAUCUUACAGUCGAGCAGGAACCUCUGCACCGGAAACCAUCUCAACUCCAGUUUCUUCAAGAUACGGAAGCGCCGCUUCUAGAUACAGCACAGUAUCUGCUAGAAGUAGUACCGAUCGUACACCUACUGCUAUAAGUUAUUCGGGUUCGGAUAGAUUUCGAUCGUCAACAAAUAAACCAGUUAUCAUCACUUCGUGCGCUGACGAAGAUGCACGAAGUUCCACGAAGUCUGAAAAGGACACUCGUAACGAGUCCAUGCGAAAAAGUGAAGAAGCGGAGUCAAAGGUUGAGACAAUUUCUGAUAACGAGGACGAGGAUUAUGAGGAAGUUGAUGAUAAAGUUGAAGAACUUGUGACGGUGACAGUUGUAACGCGCGGAACCUCACCGACGCCACCGGCGUCCUCGACCUACGUCAGGACGCGUCGCGCCGACUCUGCCAGGGUCUUACAGAAAGAGGUCACCAGGUCACGAAAUAAACCGGAAACAAAAGACGAGGAAAUUCAAUCGGACCGAAUGGACGAUACAGCAAGAUACUCAAGAUACGGAAGUGGCGCUAGGGUCGCUGCUAGUCCUUGGACGUCGUAUUUAGACAAAUACACACCAGGCGGCGCUGCGUACUGUUCUCGAACUUACAAUUCGAGUAACAAUACUUCGUCGACAUCCAGCCGAGUUGGUUUUGGAUACUCUCGUUCUAACGAAAGUCCCACUUUAUCGAGAGUCGAAUCAACUUCGAAAAUGUCUCCUGGUUCGAGUCAGGAAGUUGUUGCAACUUCAAAAAUCCAAAAUGAUCAAAGUGGCAAAGUACAAAGUAACGACCAAUAUCCGUGCAGUGUCACGAAGACUGAUGUAACCACGGAGCUCAAUUCUAGUCCUAAUUGUGAUAGCCGUGAAGUGUCACCCGGUGCACAACAAAACUUCAUGCCAAAAACAAACGGGAAGAGUCAUUUGCCUGGUAGACAUGAAGCGGAUGACAAUAGUCAAAGAAGAGGCUCGAUACCAAGACUUGGUAGGGCUUCGCCAAAGAGCGAAGUGAAGUUGUCAAGGUCAUCCUCCAAAGGUGAGUUCUCUGGGAGACUUCCGGAAACAUGUCAAAGAAGAGGCUCUACCCCAAAGUCCGAUAGUUCAAGUUCGACCCGAGUCGACGAGGUACCGGAAGUCUGUCAAAGACGCGAUGCUUCGCAAAAGCGGGAAAGUUCAAUACCUAGGAAAGAUUCUCUACAAAGGUCUGACAGUAAUUCGUCGCAGGGCGCUAAAUCGAUAUCGCGAAAUAAUUCAGGUAAGAAUAUAACACGUCAGAUUUCGCGCACGGAUUCGUCAGACGGUUCUGUUGCCGUGCCAAGUAACAGAUCCAAAUCGUCGUCGGCUAGUUCGAUGACGAAUCCAAGUACGAAAAUAAAGAGCGCCCCGACGCCAACGUCACCUGGAAAGUGUUGUGCCACUUCGGGGACUUCAGUAAACAUGAGGCAAGGAACGUCGCCAGACGGUGGUGCGCGUGGAAAACCGCCGGUGCCGAAGAGCGACAGUGGCGCCAUGUUGAAAAGCGGUAAUAUGGGAAAGUACGUGAACAAGGACUUUCGUAAAUCUGCGCUCAACAUGGACAAUGGUGACGGUACAAGAACGAAGUUAGACCGGAAGCAUGGAAAGAGUCAGAGAAGUGUCUCUGUUAGUUCACAAGAUUCACAAUCGGAAGCGAAUUCAGAACCAUUAAUGCAGGUAGCGUCAUCCGGAUCAUCAGGUUCCAUAAAAUCGAAUCAUUCAAUCUCCAAAUUGAAGGUGCCAUCUGGUAUUUCAAAAACGCUCUCGAACAAAAUGGACUCACCACCUCGUAGAAAGAGUCCAUCGGUUUUGAGGUUGGAUCCGAAGAAGUCUAGGAGCGUUUCCGGUUCACCGUCUAGAAAGAAAAAAUUAUCUAGGACACCUAGUUCUUCGUCGGAUAGCAGCGAGUCUAGUUCCAGUAGUUCCACUAGUAGCGAUGACGACGAAGAACCUCAGAGACCAGGGUCCAGGCGACAUAGAAGACAUACUUCAAAUUCUCCACUUCAGGAUAAACGAGGGAAGAGCAGCGCUGGAUCUUCCAGGACCAGUGUCCUGGCGUCAUCUACAGAUGAAUUAUCAUUGAAUAUUGACAAGCCACCCAGACCACCUUCCAGCCCAAGAUCACGUAGCGACCGUUCAGGAAAAACUGAGGAAGCCAAAUCAUUCCUGAUGAGAGCAUUGGCACCGGUGACCAACCUGUUCAAAACAAAGCAGCAGGAGUCUACAGAGUCAAGAUCAGGAUGGCCUGAGUCAACUGACGAGACAUCCGAACCUCCAAAGAAAUCAGGUCAAUCAUUGUCCAAGUCAAUUACCCAAAGUCUGUCGAAGAGUCUGAGUUUCACCAACUCGGACAAGAGUGAGAAGCGGAAGAGCAAUAAGAUAAAGCAUCAGUCUUCCGGUGAGAAAGCCUGGUGGAUGGAUUCGAAUCCUGAAAACGUUCCUGAAGGUAUCAUCAAGGGUAGCAUAUCGAAUGAUGACAUCACCCAGGAUACAACCAUCAGUACAGUGCUGCCUGAUGACGGUAAAUUCAAGUUCAAGGUAUGGCGGCAGGAGUCUGGCGAAAGAGCCUGGUGGUUGGACGCCAAUGAGAACAUUCCCGAAGAGCCCAGAAAAGAGUCGAAUUCGAGUUCGUCGUCAUCGAAAAAAAAUUCGAAUCGAAGUAGUACCAAAUCUGAGAAAAAAAAUAGACUGAAACAUCAACAAUCGGGCGAAAGAGCCUGGUGGAUGAGUGAUGAUCCCGAAAGCGUUCCAGAGGGUGUCGAAGUACUAUCCCCACCAGCAACAGCAAUAACAACAGCGAUACCAACAGAAAAUAAUGAACCUGUCAAAUUUGACGAAGUCGAAACAGAAUAUUCGAGAGCAACCCUCCACAAGAUUCGUCAUAUCGAUUCCGGCGAAAAACCAUGGUGGAUGGACAGUAGCUCCAACGUGCCAGAAGGGGUCGAAAAAAUAUCCACGGAAUUGUCAAAAAGCAAUUCAGAUUCCUCGGAAUCGCUCGAGAGACUCGAGAUCGGCUCACCCGUUCUUCAAUCUGGGGAAUUUCGAAUGAAACGAAGUCUAUCGCGAUUUCCGAUCGAAUUUCCCCCACCGCCGCCCCCGGAAGAACCACUUGGAGAUCGUGCCAGUCCCGAAGGGGUUGAAAAUCCUCCGGACCCCCCUGACAAUUACGGCCGAGAUUCACCCUACGACAACAUACAGCCAAAUCAAACAAUCAGAAGGUCACCCCCUAGAAGGCGACCCUCAACCUUACCACUGUUUAUCGGCAAUCAUACAAAUAUCGACGAUCUUCUUGGUGACAGUUUAGGCCCAGCCCACAGUCCUGUCAAGUCGCUUGUCCGUAAGCAGGAAAUUCUUGAGGAAUCAUCCUCGGACGAAAGUUCCGAGUGCGAGGAAAUAGACGCCACCCAGGUUAUCAUUCACGACAGCACCCCUAAGACGCCAAUAAUUCAACGUAGAAACAGGAACCACGAGAGAUCGCAACCGGAUGGCUACAUUCCGAGAUUUUCGAACGGACCAAACAUGUCCCUCACGUGUAGAGUUCAAUAUCUCAACGACGUGGAUCCGUUCGCUUAUGCCAGCUCUUAUCCGGAACCGCCAAGACCUCCAGUGCACACGUUCAGUGCGACCUUGCCGCUGAUCAACCAACUUGCGGCUGUUCACCGGCUCCUUAGAGCCCCGCACAGGCUCGACGACACGGCCCUCCAGCUCUACAAGGAUGGCGAUUACGGCGCCUACCUGGAUCUCGAGGCGUCGAUCAGCGAGCAGCAGGAGGAAUUCGAGGGAUUCCAGACCAACCGAAAGAAUUCCAUUGUUCUGCGGACUCAGCUAUCCGUACGCGUCCACACUAUUAUCGAAAAAUUACUCAACAGCGAAGGCCGUGAAUUGCGCCGAGCAUUGUUCUCCCUGAAGCAGAUCUUUCAGGAAGACAAGGACCUCGUGCACGAAUUCGUACAGAAUGACGGACUCGCAUGUCUCAUCAAGGUCGGUAGCGAGGCCGAUCAAAAUUAUCAGAAUUACAUACUACGAGCCCUGGGCCAGGUGAUGCUCUACGUUGACGGGAUGAACGGCGUGAUGGAACAUGGUCAGACAGUUCAGUGGUUGUACACUCUAAUAGCCAGCCGGUUCAGGCUAGUUGUGAAGACGGCCCUGAAGUUACUCCUGGUGUUCGUCGAAUACAUAGAAACCAAUAGUCUCCUCCUGGUCAGGGCCGUAAGAUCCGUUGACACGUCCCGGGGCAUGAUACCUUGGACGAACGUCAUGAAACUUCUCAAGGAUUACGACGCAGCCGAUACUGAACUCCUCAUCUACGCCACGACCCUUGUCAACAAGUGCCUGAAUGGUAUACCUGAUCAGGAUACCUAUUACGAUCAGGUCGACUGUCUCGAAGAACAGGGCAUAGAGGGCAUCAUACAGAGGUACAUGUCCAAGCAGGGUACCGAUCUUGAUCUCCUGAGACAAUUUCAAAUCUAUGAGGCUGUACUGCAUCACGAGGAUGGCAACGACAGAGGCUCACCCAUACGUCAGCUGGAUGAUAAUAUAAGGAAGACUCUACGCAACCGGAAAUCACUGGUCGACUCUCAUGAACGCCGGAAGUCACGCAGACACUCCACUGGCACUUCACCCCUCUCGAUGUCCCUGAACGCCCGUUUAAGUCCUCGGCUCAAUCACUCCCUUGGGUUGAAUUCGCUGAACAGUACCUUGAACAACACCCUGAACAACGCUUUGCCUGAUGAUGAUGACGAGUCUAGCAGCUCCCAGAGUUCACAAGGUUUAGGUGACGUGCAGAUUAAUGGCAGCUACAAAGAGAACAAAGUGGACGUCGGCGUGACGCCAGCGUUACGGCGACGUCGUGAACGCGCCGAGAGACAACGAAGCUUCAUCAGGGAACAACAGGAAGCAACUGCCAACAUGAGAGCUUCGAUUGGACACUCGGAUGAUCAAGAGAGUCCAUUUGCCGCAAACGGAUUGAGCUACGCGAAUGGGUCUCCCUACGAGAGAAACGCGGAUUCGCCAUCAAAUAAACUCUCCCGUGGGAACAGCCGUAAGGAUCUGACACCGUUGAUGAACGUGGCGAACAAGCUCGACUCCGAGGAGAAGAAGCCCUGGUACGGCAAGAGUCCUGACGAGGGUGUCGAGUGCGACGAGGGUAAUCACACUGACGAGGAUGAGGAUCGCAGGGUGGUCCUUCAGCUGAAGAGGGAAGGUACCGUUAAGGACCUGACGCAGAAGCUGGCGGCACAGAAUCUGAUCCCGAGCAGUCCCGUCGAGGAGAAGGUGUCCAGGAUAGGCGACAUGAGUGGUCUCAUCUCCAAGGCCAAGGAAGGUCUGGCAAAGUCAAAGUCCAAAGCGGACGUUCUGAAGUCACCAACUGGCGACAACCUGCCGAAGUUGGCCGAGGUCAAGAAGUCGGAGAACGAACUUCACUGGGAGGAGCUGGUGAAGAAGCUGGACAGACCACUGGCUCUCUGUGACCUGGACUUCACUGAUCUUAACUCCGAGGACGAGAUCGACGUCUUGAGUCCUGUCAACGUGGCUAAUGGAGUACCACCACCACCACCACCCAUGGUACCACCUGGUAUGGGUGCCAGGGCGCCACCACCACCACCCCCUGGUGGGAGGCUGCCACCACCACUUCUCUUCGGGGUCAAUCUGAAGUCCACCAAGUCCCCGACGAAUUCAGAAUCCACUAGCUCCUCCAAACCGUCCAGCCAGACUGCGAAGAAGAGCAAGAAGACAGUGAAACUUUUUUGGAAGGAGGUCAGAGAUGAUCCUAUCAUCUUAUCUAGACUCGAGAAGAACAAGAUGAUCUGGGACGAAUUGUCCCCGGUACCUGUUGACACCCAGAAGCUGGAACAUCUCUUUGAAAGUCGUGCCAAGGACCUCAUCACUAAGGAGAAGCAGCAAGAGAUGAACAAGAACAAGGAAGUCAUCGUCCUGGAUCACAAAAGGUCGAACGCCAUUAACAUCGGAAUGACGAAACUGCCUCCACCAAGAUCUAUAAAAACGGCUAUUCUCAAAAUGGACGCGACGAUAAUGAAUCGCGAAGGAAUUGAGAAACUCCUGACGAUGUUACCGACCGAGGAGGAGCGAUCUAGAAUCCAGGAGGCGCAGGCCGCCAAUCCGGAUCUUCCUCUAGGAUCCGCCGAGCAAUUCCUCCUGACUCUGGCAUCAAUUUCGGAAUUGCCAGCAAGACUGAAACUUUGGGCGUUCAAGUUAGACUUUGAAAAUUCCGAAAAGGAAAUUGCCGAUCCUUUGAUGGAUUUGAAACAGGGUAUGGAGACUCUUAAAGUUAAUAAAACAUUUCGAGGUAUUCUCAGCACGCUGCUCUCGAUCGGUAUUUUCCUUAACGGAAAUGAGGUAAAGGGAUUUCAGCUGGAGUACCUGGCCAAAGUACCUGAAGUCAAAGAUACCGUUCACAAGCACUCGCUGUUACAUCAUUUGUGUCACAUGGUCAUGGAAAAAUUUCCAGAAUCUACCGAUCUCUAUUCCGAAAUCGGCUCCGUGACGCGAGCGUCGAAAAUCGAUUUCGACGAGCUCGCGUCGAAUAUCGGUAAACUCGAGAGCGAAUGCAAGGCGUCCUGGGAUCAUUUGAAACUCAUAGCGAAACACGACGGCUCCACGAUGAUGAAAGUCAAAAUGUCCGACUUCCUGUCGGACUGCGCCGAGCGAAUAAUCGUCCUGGGAAUCGUGCACAGACGGAUUAUAAACCGCUUUCACAAGUUCAUCCUAUGGCUGGGGAUUCCCCUGCAUCGACUCCAGGACACGAAGCCCAACGAAUUUUGCCGGAUAGUUUCGGAGUUUGCGUUGGAGUACAGAACAACGAGAGAGAGGGUCCUGCAGCAGCUGGAGAAAAAGGCGAAUCAUCGUGAGCGCAACAAGACUCGAGGAAAAAUGAUAACCGAAACCGCGCCAUUUUUGUUGAAGGUCGGCAAGUUCAGGACAAAGGAGGAUCGGGCCGACGCCGAACUCAGACAGCUACUUGGCAGCGAGAUGUCGGACGUUGAGAGCAUCCACGGUACCUUAUCAUGGAGAAGACAAAGGAAGGAAGGACGCACAGCUCUGGGUCCUUUGUUGAGGGACGAGUCCACCAAUGGCAAUUUGACUGACGGCGACGAUGAGCUUUUGGAAUCGCUAGUGAAAACGGCGACGAAGACGCCAGCCACCAGGACGACCCCAAGAGAACGCAAGAGGACACGUCACGCCGACCGUAAGUCCCUGAAGCGAUCUCGCACCCGGGAAAACAACACCACGCCGGAAGGGUAUCUACCCUAAAGCGACUCUAUCGGUGUCGUCUGCGAAGAAGUGCGUAGAACCCUGAAAAAUGGCCUCUCGGAAGAAGAGAAGAAGCACAUCGCCGCUUACAUCAAGGGCUAUUGACUGUGAUAAAGGCACCCGAUUGGCAGUCCCUUGAUCCCUGCGACCUCCAAUACGAGACACAGCCACCCUUUCACUCAUUCACAAUAAGAGCAGUAUCGGCCCCCUGACACCUACCCCUAUCCCGGCCUUGCCUACUCGCGGCUGAAGAAAAAGCAGCAGAGCCGUACACGAGCUUUGUCCCGUGAGAAUUUGACCAAGAAAAGAACUCCUGGACGAUUAACGGAUGCUUUCACCCGAGAUAACGAAUAAGACGGUAUCAAUGGCAGCGACGGUCGCAGAAUUGCGAAGCUCCGGCGAGCCUCUUCGCAUUUAGCACGGACACGAACCACUUUAUUCUUAUCGACGUACGUCGUAUUGUAAAAAUCUUUUCUUCCCUCAAAAUUAAUUUUUUUUUUCGUCGAACAACAAAGAGCUGCUUUUAAGAUAAAUUGUGACGAGAGAAGCACACGAGGUACCUGGAAUCCUCUUAUCGAAUGAUCCUUCCCAUCUUUAUACAAUCUUAAGACGAGUAUUACAUAUCUUGCCAUAAUUCGUAUAUACGCGUAAACAGGUAAUAACGUGGGAUGACUGAACGGUUUUGAUUCUUAUGUUAUUAUUAUUAUUAAUUAUUAUUAAUCACUAUUACCUCAUACUCCUUUUUAAUCUUUAUCUUGUUUCUUUCUCUUUUUUUUUCUAUUUUCUUCUCGCGGCACGUUAUCUUUUUCUUUCUUGAGCUUUCGGCUGCUAGUCACGAUACGGACGGAACGACAGCCAAGCUUUCUUUGCUGUAUCACGAGUUUCUGGGUCUUGCGUUACUGUUAAGUUUUGUGCUUUCAAGCGACGACAACGACAACUGCAGUUGUCUGGGUAAAUAAGGCAAUAACGUAGGGAAGGGCGAAUACCGAUAUACGUAAAAUCGACCAACGAACGAUCGAGAACGAUGCAACGAAUUUAUCCUGCCAUUUUUUUUACGAGUUUGGGAAGUACUUGCACGAUGCAUAAAUUUGGUAUUUGAUUUAUUUACGAAUUUUUUUUUUUUUUAUUGGGCUUCGGUUUUUCUCUUGGGGAGAGGGGGGCUGCUGAAAAGUCGGGUUCUCUUUUUGUUAUUUUUUUUUUCUUGGGAUUACUGCUGCUACGCUUAAUUUAAUAAGUUGUACUUGGCAUCCGAUUAAUAUCCUGUCGUGAAUCUUCUCUUGGUGCGGUGAGAGGAAAUUGAGAAAAAUGAUGGGUAGGAGGGAGGGAGGCGACGAAACUAAGAUACACGAGAUUUUACGAAGAUGCUCCAAAGCUUUCUCGUGAAUUUGGAUUAUUAGCGUGGUAUAUUGUGCAAAUUUUCUUUCUUUUUUAUGAUAUCACAAUAUUACAUACUUGCUAUGUAUUCACGUAGUUACGCUAUUUGCAAUCGGUAUUGAAUUUGCGACGAAACUGUUAGCUCUUUUUUUUUCUUCUUUUUUUUUGAUACAUACAAAAAUAGAAGGGGAAGAAGUCUGCGAAGUUUGUUUGACUAUUGCGCAAUUUCCAAAAUUUUUCAUAUUCUCUUUUCAUUUUCUCUUUGUUUUUUUUUCUUCUUAAUCCUUGACCCUCCUCCGCCAUUCUCAUCGCGCAAAAUUCAGCAUGGUCUCUGCAAAACUUUUUAACGAAAUGUCUGUCUCUGUUUUAUUUUUAUUUCUCUUCCUCUCUUUAUAUAUAUAUAUAUGUAUUUUCUCCCUCGAACGUCUCAACCACCUUGAUUCGAAAUUUUAUACGACGUAUUCGCUGGAACGAUCGUUACUCCAUCUUUUGUCUUUGUCUUUCACAUUUUUCUUUGAGUUGCGGUUACGAUCGAAAUAAUUAGACGAAUUUUUCUUUUUGGUGAUGUCAAUAUUGAUGAUAGAACGAAAAUAUGUCAAUUAACGUUAAAAAAUUAUAGAAAAUUAUAAGGCUAAAGGGAGUGCCUCUUAGAAAGGUAGUAUGACGUAAUUAUGAAAACCACAUGUGAUUCGAAAAAUGGCGCGUACGCGCAGAUACGGAUACGCAAUCGUCUUCCGACGUGCGGUCGUAAUGUUUAUUUUUUCUUUUUUCCCUUUUUUCUUGUUAUCUUCGUUUACACGGUCGUCGUAUCGUCAGCGCGUAGAACGCGUCUCUGCGUAUAGAAUAAAGUCGGAAGAGGAUUGGGUUACCGUAAAAGUGAAAAAAAAAGAAAUAUGUAAUUAAGUCAAAAAUAAUAAAAUUAAAAAAAAGUAUAUAUAUUUUGCCACAUAAAUACCACGCAACGUAUACGUAAUACGCCGCAGUGUGAUAACGACAUGAGCUUCUCAAUCCCGUUCUUAGAAAUUUUGCCGAAGUAUCCACGCUAGUUAAAAUCUCCUUUUUUUUUUAAAUUUUAUUUUAUAUCAAGUUACAAAAAUUUUCUCGCGGUAGAACGAUUGUUGUUAUUGUAAUGGUUAUUAUUAUUAAUAUUAUAAAUCACGUCUCUCAGCGUGGUACGAAGUGAAAUUUCGUAUAACGAUUCGUAAAAAUGUAUUUCCCGCGCAUAAAAAAACUUCGCACGCCUAUGUGAAUGUGUAACGAGAAAAAAAAGAAUAAUUCUCAAAAAGUGCAUCAAAUAAAAGGCAAAGAAGACAAUAAA